AUGUCUUACAAGCAAAUCAUCUACACAACCCCCCCGGCUCCGGCCAUCAACCCCUCCCUCACAUCAGGGACCUUCCGCGUAAACACCACCCCGAUCCCCAAGGAUGUACCCGCAGACAAAGUCCUCGUGCGCGCGCACUAUCUCUCCCUCGACCCAGCCAUGCGUCAAUGGCUCACCGCCAAACGCUCAUACAUUGCCCCAGUCGAGCAAGGCGCCGUCAUGCGCGGCCAGAGCAUCGCCCAAGUCGUCUCCGUCGGCAAAGACCUGACCUCCAAAUAUGCCGCCGGGGACUGGGUCGUCGCCUACUCCGGCUGGCAGGAGUAUGCGCUAGUGGGCGCCAAGGAGGCCGAGAAAGUCAUUGUGCCGCCGGGCGGUCGGCCCACGGACGCCAUGUCCGUCCUCGGCAUGACGGGCUUGACCGCGUACUUCGGUAUGAUCGAGGUGGGACAGCCGAAGAAGGGUGAUACGGUCGUUGUCUCUGGAGCUGCCGGCGCAACGGGUAUGGUAGCUGGUCAGAUUGCGAAGAUUCAGGGCGCAAAGCGCGUUGUCGGACUGGCUGGGUCGAAGGAGAAAUGCGAGUUCCUGGUUAAGGAGCUUGGGUUUGACUCUGCGGUUAACUAUAAGGAUGCCGAUUGGCGGAAGCAGUUGAAGGAGGCUACCCCGGAGUAUAUUGAUGUCUUCUUUGACAACACUGGUGGUGAGAUUCUGGAUGCUUGUUUGGCUCGUGCGGCUAGGGACUCCCGCUUUGCGAUCUGUGGUGCUAUCAGUCAAUAUAACUCGGCGAAGCCGCAGGGACCAGCUAGCUUUAUGAGUGUUAUUUCUCAACGGAUUACCAUGAAGGGAUUCAUUGUCUUUGACUUCGCAAAGCAAUACCCGGCUGCAUUGAAGCAGUUGGCAACUUGGCUGGCAGAGGGUAAGCUCAAGCGCAAGGAGCACAUUGUGCCUGGCGGCCUGGAGGCUGCGCCCCAGGCCCUUAUUGACCUUUAUGCCGGUGCCAACACCGGUAAGAUGAUGGUUGAGGUGGCUCCUGUUUCCGAGGCGAAGGCCAAGUUGUAA